AUGCCGAGGAGACGAAAUGGCGAGUUACCAUUACCCGAAGGUUGGGAAUACGCUACAGACGAUGAUGGAAAAGUUUAUUUUAUUGACCAUGUUACUAAGAAAACAACUUGGAUUGACCCUAGAGACAGAUUUACAAAACCUCAGACUUUUGCGGAUUGUAUCGGUAAUGAAUUACCUCUCGGUUGGGAAGAGGCUUACGAUGCCCAAAUAGGAGUUUAUUAUAUCAAUCACGUAAAUCAAUGUACUCAAUUAGAAGAUCCUAGAUUAGAAUGGCGAGCGAUACAGGAAGCUAUGCUAAGAGAUUAUCUUCAAACUGCUCAAGAUGCUCUAGAGGCCAAAAAAGAAAUUUUUGACGUGAAGCAACAGAGAUUAUAUCUGGCUGAAGAUGAAUACAAUCACUUAAAUAAUGCUUUAACAACUCUUAAUAAGUCACGAUCAUCUUUGUGUUCUAAUGUGAGCAGCACAAAGUAUGAUCCUGAUUUAUUAAAAUCCGAUGUGGCGUUAGCCCGAAACAGAGUAUCAAGGCUGAAAAGGGAGCUUGAACAAAUCAAAACGGAAAUGACGUGCACUCAAAGAGGGGUGGAAACAUUGGCCAGCGUUGAACAAAAACUUAGUGGUCAGGGUGGAUAUUACAACCUUAGCGAAGCACAAGCCAUUGUCACGGAAUUGAAAAAUAUUCAAAUGUCACUGUCGAGUGGUGAAAAAGAAAAGGCGGAGCUUAUGCAAAGUUUAGCUAAAUUAAAGGAUGAUUUGACUAGGUUACAAUUAUCAGAAAGUUCUCCCGACGUGUCAACUCUAAGUUUGCCUCAAGAAAAACUCAGUACGGCUUCACAAACUGACCUUUCUGGAGAACUCGUUCCUAUAGGUACAAGACUUGCAGAAAUGGCUAGAACCAGGUUGCAAUACGACGAAGCUAGAAAACGCGUGCAAUUGGUUCAAAGAAAAUUGGCAGAUUUGGAAGAAAAGGUAACUCCUGGACAAGCUGAAAGCGAUAAAGAUCGUCUUUUACUUUUCCAAGAAAAAGAACAAUUACUCAGGGAAUUGCGUAGCAUGACUCCAAGAAGCAGAUCAGCUCAAGAAAUGACUGAUAUUCAACUUGAGGUUAAAAGAUUGGAAAGAGAUUUGAAUCAAGCUUUAGAGUUAAAUAAUAGGGCUAUAGCUGACAGGGUUCGUUUACACGAAGAAAAACAAAUAUUACUACAAGAAUUAUGUGAAGCUUUAAGAACUAUGACGUCACUUGAAUCCCAAUUAAAAUCUCUUUCCGCAUCAACUUCUUCCGUGUCGAGCAGCUCUAGCUUGGGUUCGUUGUCAACCUCGUCGAGCAAAGGAUCAUUAUCUAGCGGCCUUAGUUUUACCGACAUUUACGAUGUGAAUUGGCCCGGUUCAUCUGUAGAUAUGAUAGAUCUUCAUAAACGCGUCGAGCGACUUUUACGUUCGUCUAACGAUGCAAUUUCUCCCCAACCUUCACUUUCUCCUAGAUCUUCUCUUUCUUCUGUUUCUCCGCCCGUAUCGCCACAACUUCACAAAGUGCCUUCCAAAGUAUCAAAUUAUACUUUUGAAAGUAAUAAUUCAAUAAUUUAUGAUAAAUUUCAAAUGUCCGAAAGUAAUAUUCAAACUGUUACUGGAAACAAUCCUACUACGUUAGUCAAUUCUAAAUAUAACGAUUCGGCGGAUCCACUCUAUCAAAAUAUAGGUAUUAACUUGGUAUGCCUUCCGCCUCGAUAUGACGAUGUGGAACGUCAGAGGCAAUUGGAAAGAAGCGGGAAAUUGUUAGAUAAUGUUAAAAACAAAUUACUCAUGUAUGAUCACAAUUUAGAAAAUGUAAGAUUGUGCGAAGAUGAAAGAGCGUAUCCGCAAUCACGAAUCUCACAAACGAGGCAACAGUUGGAGCCUCCACUUUCUCCAAUAUCAGAGACUCCUCAAGAUCAAAAUUUUGAAUUAAUUCAGGUUUCGAGUACACCAUCAUCCGGUAGUAAUACCAGAUCCGUUUCUGCGGCGGUAAGCGAUGAAUCGGUUGCUGGAGAUUCCGGAGUUUUUGAAGCGGCAAAUAGACUUCAACAUUGCAAUUUGGACACGGCACAAAUUCAAAUAAAAUUAAGGUACGCGGUGUCCGAAGGUUUGCUUCACGUUGGAAUAGAAAGAGCUAGGAAUUUAUCAGCUUUAUUAAUUCCUCAACAGUCUCAAGUAUUCAUUAAAACCGUUCUUCUUCCCUCCGGACCUGGAUCUGGGUCUUGCUGCACAAAAACCGUGACUGAUUUAAAAAAGCCGAUAUUUGGAGAAAAUUUUCCACUCUCGGUCGCACUCAACAAAUUGUCGUCGAAAACGUUGCAAAUAAAUGUUUUGUGUUUAACUAAUUCAAUAGAAGAGUGCGUGGGAUACGCCCAGGUUAGUCUGGCAGACUUCAGCCCGGAAUCCGUUUCUUCUAAAUGGUACAACAUUCUCGGCUCUGAAUUCAUGCAAUUAAAAUCUCCAACGAAUAAAACACUUCGAAAUAGUAGCAUAAACGUAAAAAAUGAGGGUAAUAAUAAGUCUGAAGUAAAUGAAACGAGAAGAGAAGAAAGUAGCGACGAAAGUACUAUUAUUUCUUCUCAAGCGUCAACUUUAACACGCCCUGCCGUCGUCGAAUCUUGCGCAUCCACGUUUUGCCUUGCUGAAGAAGAAGAAGAAGAUGUUCUCGAACAAGUUUUUCCUCUCGAGGAUGAAACGUGUAUCGAUAAAGAAACAAACACGGAAUGCGUUUUCGUACUCGAAAAAGGAAAUCGAGGGGAAAACAAACAAAUGGGAAUUAUAAAAAGGUCGCAAACCUUUUCACCUAGUGCAGCUCAGCAUCAAUACACUUGCCGCUUAAACAGAAGUGAUAGUGAUAGUUCUAUGCCUCUUUAUCGUCGCGGAGCACCUUUUCAAAGGAAUUCGGUCGAAAGGAGGUCUUUGAGAUGGAAACCAUCGUCGGGGUUAACCGUCGUCAAAGUCAAUUCACAUCGGAGAAGUGGAAGAGUUCCUGCGGUCGCUCGGACAUCUUUAGAUUUGGAACUGGAUCGUCGAGCACAAUUAAGCAGGCUCCAGGCUCAACAAGAUGAAUUGGAAAAACUACGAAACUUGACGACGAAAUUAGAAAGCGUCCGAGCUAGGGGUGAUGCCGAAUUGGCAGCACUGGUUUUGGAAGAUCAACAGUUUCAAACGUUGAUAGCUCAGGCGGAGACUUCGCUUCAACCUCAAAGUCAAGAUGAUAAAAGGGUGGAAAAAAUGUUUAAGAAAACGGCAAAAGAAAUAUAUAAACUUAGGAAAAGUAAGGCCGGAAAAGGGAAACCGGAUGUUAUUUCAUUCAAAGAGAAAAUGGCUUUUUUCACAAGAGUUCAUUUAAAUAUUCCAAAUCUUCCGGGAGAAGAAAUACGAUCGGAAAGCAGUACACUCACGCGAGGUGAGUCCCUAUUGAAUCCCGAAUUAGAAGAUGAUGAUGCCGAUGAUGCCGAUGCCGAUGAUGAUGAUAAUGAUAAUGAUAAUGAUGAUAAUGAUAAUAAACUCGAAUUAAACGAAUCGAAUGAAGAAGGGUUAAGUGUAAUAGUGUCUGAAACGAUAAACGAAUCGACGGGAGAAACGUUAAGAAACGUUGAAGGAGAAGAGAAAAAAGUUGUGAUGGAAAAUAGUGAAAUAAAUAUAAGAAGUGUUGAUAAAGAUUCUAGAACGGUUGAAGGAAGUGAAGGUAUACAGUCUGGAAAGGAAAAUCAAAGGUUUGAAUACGUUGUAGAUAGAAUUUUAGGCGUGGAAGUUUGA